CUGCAGCGCAGCCUUGAAAUGCGCCUGAUGCAAGUAGAGGCGCACUGAGGGGACACACAGGAAAAGUUCUCCACAACGAGAGGCAGGACGACGCUGACGGAGCCCCUGCAGUCUCGCCUCUUUUUUUUAUGCCUCCUUGUACACUUUCCCUUCCACCACGGUGUGUUUUUUGCUCUCCGACACACUUCCCAGUCGGUGAUCCUGCUUCUUUUUGUUUUGUUUUUGUUGUUGUGACUUAAGCCAAACGCCAUGGAGCUGCUCUGCCUCGAAAUGGACACGAAUAUACGGGCUCGUCCCGAUCCGAACCUCCUUUGUGAUGACCGAGUCCUCCAGAGCUUGUUGACCAUAGAGGAGAGGUUUCUACCUCAAUAUUCGUAUUUUAAAGGGGUGCAGAGAGACAUUCAGCCCUUUAUGAGGAGGAUGGUCGCCACUUGGAUGUUGGAGGUUUGUGAGGAGCAGAAGUGCGAGGAAGAAGUUUUUCCCCUGGCCAUGAACUACUUAGACAGAUUUCUAGCAGUUGUCCCCACCAAAAAGUGUAACCUGCAGCUGCUGGGAGCAGUUUGCAUGUUUCUUGCAUCCAAAUUGAAAGAGACUCGUCCAUUAACUGCAGAGAAGCUUUGCAUCUACACAGAUAACUCCAUCAGACCACAAGAGCUGCUGGAAUGGGAACUGGUGGUGUUGGGGAAGUUGAAGUGGAACCUGGCAGCAGUGACGCCAAACGACUUUAUCGAGCACAUAGUGAGGAGGCUGCCGCUGCCUGAGGAUAAACUGACUCUUAUACGCAAACAUGUCCAGACGUUCAUCGCCUUGUGUGCCACAGACUUCAGAUUCGCCAUGUACCCUCCAUCCAUGAUUGCCACAGGAAGUGUGGGGGCAGCAAUCUGCGGCUUACAGCUGGACUCAGUGAACCAAUCCCAGUGGGGCGACAGUCUGACAGACCUUCUGGCCAAAAUCACAAAUACAGAAGUGGAUGUCCUCAAAGAGUGCCAGGAGCAGAUCGAGCGUGUGUUAGAGAGCAGCCUGCGCGAGGGCCGGAAGCAGCAGCAACAGCAGCAGCAGAGUCAGAGAGGCACGAGCAGUAAAGGCCUGGAAGAGCUGGAUCAGUCCUCCACCCCGACAGACGUCCGUGACAUCAACUUGUGAACCAGAAGAGGGCCUCAUUGUGCAGGAUUUACAACAACAGCAACAAAAAAAAAAUAUGAAUCAUGAAAAAAAAA